GACAGCGCUACUGGGGAAGGCUGGACCCGUACAGGCAAGAGACGCAAGGUGGGGAGGGAAUGAACUCUCCCCCCUCCACUUCUAGAGACUGUCGACCCUACUAUUCCACCCCGCAAACUGUGAAAAAACUGCUGGAGCAAAAGCGCCAACAGAAGAGUGCCCAGGCGUCGGCAUCCCUUGUGGAAUUUAAUCAGGAACCAGAUGCUGCCGGUUCCUUUGUCCAACACCCCCCUCAGGAUGAUGAAGCCCUCCUGUUCCCAAGGCACGGUGCCCACUACAACUACCCCGUCCUGGAAGACUUAUACCCCUCUGGACCUGGGGCCUUGUAUGGGCCGGAGAGGAGAUAUGAAGCUGGGAGAAGGGACAUCCCUAACUGUGACCCAGAGAUGGAGGUUCCCUUCUCGACCGGCGCCUACGCGGCUGCUUUUUCCCAUGAUGCCUCCUGGUCUGGACACCCCCAGGCCCCUUACCCAGCAGCGGGAGCUGACCCGUUCCUGAGGGUACCGGGGGCGGCUGUGCCAGAUAUGGUGCCAUUGGACCUGGAAGACGCCAGAGCGGAAAUUCAGAACCUGAGCCCAGAUCAACUCCUGAUCCGCGACGAGGACGGAGACACGAUCCUCCACCUGUACGUGGCGCGGGGGCUGCGCUGUCUGUCCUAUGCGGUGGCCGAACGCUACCUACAGUACGGGCAGCUGGACACCAGGGAGCACAAUGGGAAGUCUCCCCUCCUAGUGGCUGCGGCGGCCAAUCAGCCGGAGAUUGUGUACGACCUGAUCAUGCUGGGGGCCGACGUCAACGCCUCCGACUGGAAAGGCCAGACGGUUCUACACGUGGCUGCCACGUAUGGAUUCUCGGAUGUACUGAGGGUCCUUGUGUCUCUCCAGCGGCAGCAAAACUGUGAUGUGGAGUCCAGAAACUAUGAUGGCCUGACUCCCCUACACUGUGCGGUCAUCAGCCUGAAUUGCGCCUAUAACAGUAAAAGGCUUCAGCCCACCCAAGAGAACCAACAACAGGAGAGGGAAGGGAUGACCUGUGUGCAACUCCUGCUGCAGCUCGGGGCCAGCUGUGCCAGCCAGGACAUCAAGAGCAAUAAGACGGUUCUCCAUCUGGCAGUGCAAGCUGGGAACAUCCCUCUGGUCAAGUUUCUUCUGAAUCUGCCCCACACUGACCUACCAGCCCUCGUCAACCUGAAGGCUCAUGGAAACACAGCACUCCAUAUGGCAGCCGCUCUUCCUCCACACCGAUCUACUGAGUUCCUGAUUCAGCUGCUCCUCUCCUCGGGGGGAGAUCCAAGCAUGCGCAACCUGGAGAACGAGCAGCCCGCCCACCUGGUUCCUCCUGGGGAGUUCACCGACCAGAUAAAGCUCUUGCUGAAGCGCCGCCGUGUUGCAUCAUCAACUCGCCACCAAUCAUCUUCUUCCUUAUAGGAACCACCAAGACCACUUGUUUUGUCCCAAUAUAGAGACCUUUCCACUGACAGAAGGAGUCUGUAUCUCUGGGGUUCGGACACACGGCCUAUGUCAGUAGAUCCAAACCGGCUCUGCCCAAACACUCGGGUCGGUUCUCCUUCCCAUCAUCACCUGGUUUCUGUGAAACUGCCAUCAAAUUCUUAGAGUAAGCCAACUCUCUUUUCCUCGUACUAUUCCUAUUGACAAGCUCCUCAGGGGUGUGACUUACUGGAAAAGGGGGAGGCCAUAGUGCUAAUUGUGGGCGUGGCUAAGAGGGAAUGGCUUACUGGUAGAACAGUAUAACUCCCAAUUAUCUCCCAGUUAUAUAAGGUUUGAAUGUGUAUUUAUUAUUUUAUUUGUUGGUCAAUAUGAAUUUAGGGGUAAUUAGUGGUAACUAUUUAACAUUAAUUUAGACAGACGCACCAAAUUCCCCUAGAAUUACAUCUUAGAAAAAGAAAAGGUCAGUUUCCCUUCCAGAUAAGUCUCGUCAUUAUCCCUCACCUCAAUUUCCUGCUUAGAUAAAGGGGUGGGUUCACCUUUAAGUUAACUUUUAGUUCCUUAUAGAAUGGCCAGUUCUAAGCAACUUUUC